UAGAACCAGAGGAGAUUAAUAAGAUUUAUAAAACUGUUGUUGAAAUGCCUGUUGUUAAUGUUCAAUUAUAUAUACAAGGUUAUUGGCCUGAUAGUUCUGAAGUUCAAAAGAAAUUGGUUAGAAAUGGUGAAAGAAUGGAAAUAUUAGGAAACAAUGAAUAUACUUUAAUAGUUGAAACUAAAAUUUUAAAUCGAGUGAUUCCAUCAAAAGCUCAUGCUCCAAAAUUUUCCAAACCUAAAGAUAUAGGUUGGUUUAUGGUUCUUGGAUCUAUAGAAAAUUGGGAGUUGAUUGCAUUAAAAAGAGCUACUAAUAAUCAUUACAGAAGAUCAUCUAGUAGACUAGCAUUUAGUACACCAAGCUUCUCAGGUAACAUUAACUGGACGUUUUAUAUGAUGUCUGAUUGUUAUCUUGGUCUAGAUCAACAAUAUGAAAUUGAAUUGACUGUGAUUUAUAGUGAUAAAUAAAAAUUUAAGCUUAAAAUAGUAUUGUUAAUAUUAUAAUUAUACUAUAAUAAUUGUUAUUGUACUAAGUUGUUUCAGUAUAUAUUUAUUAAUGUAUUUGUACAUUGAUUUAAAAUAAAAUAUUUAAAUUAUUUUUUUGACAUUGAA